ACAAUGCCUAAAGUAAAUUCUCUCUCUGUCUCUCUCACAUUCGCUUCUUGCAAUCUCAAUAACUCCUCUUUUCUUUCUCCACUUUAAUAAAAAAACUCACUUUUUGAAACUUUUUGAAACUCAUUGUCUCUUUUUCACGAGCUCUCUCUGCACUUGGUAAAAAAGAAAAAAAAGUUAGGGUUUCUCUUGUCUUUCUUCACCACCAAAGCCAAACGAUCAUUAUCUUCUCUUCCGAAUCUCUCUUUUAAAGAAACCCAUUCUAGUAUUUCUUGCAAUAAUCCCAGUUUUGUGGUCUUUUGUUCAGUUUUAGCCCUCUAUUAUGUAAACCCCACCAAACCCAACUGUGCCCGGUUGUUGUUUCUUCUUCUUCUGGUUAAAGUUUGAAUCUUUCUUGUUAUUUUCUGAGUUUUUGGGAUCUAAAUGGUGUUUUUAUGACACCCUAAUACAGUUACUGUUAGUUCCUGACUUCUUUCUCUUUUGGGUCUUUCUUUUCUUUUCUUUUUUGGCCUUGUGUUCUGUCUUGAGAGAGAGGUCAUUGAUAAAGACAUUAGUGUCAAAAAUAAAAAAGGAGAAUAAUUUGGGUUGAUCUUGCUUUUUUGAAAACGUACAUGUGAAGCAAAAUUUAGUGUUGAACUUGAUGGAUUUUACUGUUUUUUUCAUGAGUGUCUUUCUCCUUUUUCAUCUCCCACUACUAGAAUAGGAACCUUCACUUCACUUGUUUCUCUUUGCAACCUCGAGAAACCUGUGAAAUCUCUCCGAUCAAGGUUGCUUUAUGGUAGUUUUGGUAGAUCAAGCCUCUCUCACUAUGGAUAGCAUUCAUGUUUUAGUUUCACAUUGUGUGAGAGAUAGAGGAUUUUGGGGUAACAUCCAUGGAGAUAUGAAUAGAUUGUAGUAUAUGAAGAUCUAGAUGCUUAUGUAAGUUGUAGGUUGUGUUUAUUUAUGUGUUUGUGGAGUUAGUUAUAUAGUUAGAAAUUUGAUAAUGGAGGAUAUUGGGCUGGUUAAGCAAGGGUGGAAAUGGUUGCAAACGCAGAAACAUGUCUAUUCACGGGUGAAAACUGCAGUGGAGUGUUUGAGGGACAAGAUCGGAGUGUUUAUUGAGAGGCAUUGGCCUAUGGUGUGCAGUGGAUGUGCAAGAUUUGGGAGGUUGAUGCGUUUUAUGUUGAUUUAUUGGAAAGAUUGCGCUACGAGGGGUUUUAAUUCUGUUAUCAAACUGGGUUCGGCAGCUUUGCUUCUUAUAAUGUGGAGUUGCUUCCUUAGUCUCACUUCAAUGUCUUGCUUGCUUUAUGUACUACUUUGUAUGGGAGCUGCAGGAGCUGCUGUUCAGUAUUUGGGCUACACUCCUGGACUUUUUAUUGUAGGGCUAUUUGCUAUUUUAAUUUUAUGGAUGUAUGCUAACUUUUGGAUAACUGGAACAUUAUUUAUAGUUGGAGGCUAUUUGUUCUCUCUAAAUCAUGCACGGCUAGUGGUCUUAAUGGCAACUAUAUAUGCUAUUUAUUGUGUGAAAGUUCGAGUUGGAUGGCAUGGUGUUUUCCUAUCAAUAAACCUCACCUUUUUCUCAAAUGAUGUGUUAAACUUUCUACUUCAAUGGUGUGAUAAUGUUAGUGAAAGCACCCAAUUUGAAGAGCAUAAGGAAUCUGAAACAGUUCUGGAAGAUGAGUUCUCUGUGGAGUGUGAAUUCUCGAUUCCUGUUGAUGAAUCUGAAAAGGUGCAACCAUGCAAAUCAUCUAGCCCAGCUGCUAGCUCAUCUGUUGUGAAUAACCAAAGAGAGUCUUCCACUAGAAAAGUAGUUGUAGAAGAAACAAGCUCAACCAAUGAGAUGAAAAGAAUAUUAGAUAGUGUGGAUCAUUAUGAAGCAUUGGGAUUUUCUCGCCACAAGCGAAUUGAUGUUGCUAUUUUGAAAAAGGAAUACCAUAAAAAGGCCAUGCGUGUCCAUCCUGAUAAAAAUAUGGGAAGCCCUUUAGCAAGUGAAUCAUUUAAGAAACUUCAAUGUGCUUAUGAGGUUCUGUCAGAUUCUGUGAAGAAGAGAGACUAUGAUGAGCAACUGAGAAGGGAAGAAUCUAAGACUAGGAGCGUAUGUCAGAAGUCCCAUGGUACUUCAUGUCAGGAUAAUCCAGAUUACUGCUCUGAGGAAUCCAGGCGGAUACAGUGCACCAAAUGUGGCAUUUCACAUAUAUGGGUGUGCACUAAUAGGACCAAGGCCAAGGCAAGAUGGUGUCAGGAUUGCUGCCAAUAUCAUCAAGCCAAAGAUGGAGAUGGAUGGGUUGAAUAUAAAGGCACAUUGGUCUUCGAUAGGCCUCAAAAGAUGGAGAUUCCGCGUGCAUUUGUUUGUGCUGAGAGCAAAAUCUUUGAUGUGUCAGAAUGGGCCAUUUGUCAGGGAAUGCAAUGUCGGCCCAACACCCAUAGGCCAAGCUUCCAUGUAAACAUGGUUGGCUUGGAGAAGACUCAACGGUCCAACUCGAGCAGAUAUCCAUGGGACUUGGAUGCUGAAAUGAUGGAUGAGGAUGAAGAAGAAUUCGAGCUGUGGCUUCAGCAGGCCCUGGCAUCUGGCCUUUUUUGUGAGACCUCCAAACGUAGAAAGAGUUGGAGUCCUUUUAAGCUGCCUCAAAAGAAAGGGAAGAAGCAAUGGCGAAGGACAUCAACUUGAAUAAAUUCCCAUCACAAGCAAAAAAUGGAACCGCAUUUUCUUGCCGUUGUUGUGGGGUGAUUGGUUUGGAUCAAGAUCACCUGUUUCAAGUUAAGGAAUGUGAUUUGGUGAUUUGAGAAUCCAGGAAAAAAAAAAAGACAUGGGUUUUGCCUGAGUUUUGGAGCAAUUUUCAACCUUGUAACUGGCAGUUACCCUCCUUGCAUCAUUUGACUUUUCAUUCAAUGUCUGAAUACCCCACCCCCAAGGAAGAAAAAAAUUAAUAUACAUUUUACACAAGCAGCACAUAAUGUUAGCCUUGGUGAAAUGACUUUCAAUCUUUUGUACAUAUUUUUUUUUCUUUUCAAUAAAUAUCUCAUUUACUUGAGGUUCUCUUUA